UGUGCUCUGUAGGGGGUGGUACUAGUCUAAGGCCAGCAAUUCAAAGGGACACUGCCUCUGCCUGACUUGCACCGUAAUCAUGGAUCUCCUUUUGUCAGGAGGCCUGCCACUGCAGUAGUUAUCUACCCACCUUUCCCUGCAGCUCACGUCCCCCCAGAUCUGGCAACAACCUUUCCCAAGCCUUUUAUCUGAAACCGUUCUUCCUGACUUCACUGCUAAGUCCUGGGAAUCCUCAAUUUUCACUUUGGACCCUAUGAAGUCUCAUGGUACCAGGCCACACAUGGGCAAGGAAAGGUCCUGCUGGUAACCAACCCCCUGAGACACAUUCUGGUGCCUCACCUUUUUGAAAUUUGUUCACUGGCCCCCUGACUGACAAAAAAGAUUGAAAUGUGGAUCUUCACAUGAAAAGGUUGGACACUCCGAAGAAGAGGAAAGAAACUUUAUGGUUCCCCAAAAUGUUGUGGUACCAGUCCUUGAAACUGGUGAAAACAUUGGCAUUGACGCAUGGUGGCAUGUGUGUGUGGACGCGAUGUGCAUGGGAGAGAGCUCGAGGAUUAUCUUAUUCAGCUGCCAAUGGUAUCAUUGGAAAAGACCAAAGAAUAGGCUGUAACAGGCAAUUCUCCUCAUUGUCAAAAUCAUUUGAGGGUAAUGGUGUGUUUCAAAGUCCCAUAGUUUCUCACAGAAGGACAGUGUCAUUAUCUUCAUGUGUGCCUGCAUCAGCAGUUUCAACUCCUCAACCUGGCUGGUACGAAAGCUUUGCAGACUCGGUACCUGUUCAACUAACACAGGACCUCCUGACUAAUGUGCAGCAAGUCACAGGACUACCAUGGUGGGCAAGCAUAAUUUGUACCACACUGGCAUUGCGAGCAACUGUGACAUUCCCACUAGCUAUUUACCAGAUGUACAUUAUUGCCAAGGUUGAAAAUUUACAGCCAGAGAUUGCAGAAUUAGCCAAGCGACUGCGUUAUGAAGUGUCUGUGCGUGCAAAGCAAGUUGGAUGGUCUGAAAAGGUGGCUCGUUUUCACUUCAGGAAGAAUCUUCACAGGAUCAUCUCUGAGCUAUACGUACGUGACAACUGUCAUCCUUUUAAAGCCAGUCUAUUGAUCUGGAUCCAGUUGCCACUGUGGAUUCUCAUCUCUAUUGCCUUGCGGAAUUUGAGCCUCUCAGCCUCUGAUACUGCAUCAGCCCCUGCUGUCCAGGAUCUAGCAAUGGGAGGAGUACUCUGGUUUCCGGACCUUACUUUGCCAGAUUCCACCUGGAUACUGCCCAUCUCAUUAGGACUUGUAAACCUUUUAAUAGUCGAGAUUUUUGCUAUCCGAAGAAUUGAAUUGUCGAAAUUUCAGAAAUACGCCACUUACGUGAUCCGUGGAAUCUCUGUGCUAAUGGUCCCGAUUGCUGCAACUGUGCCCUCAUCUAUGGCUCUCUAUUGGUUGACUUCUAGCUGUGUGGGUCUUGGGCAGAAUUUGCUGCUACGCUCCCCGAGCCUUCGUACUGUCUGCCGGAUUCCCAAGAUGAAGUCUGAUUCUGACACUCCUUUUCGAGACUUGUCAGCGGGACUUAUUGCAAAAUAUUUUCCUAGGAAGUGAUGAACUAUCCUUUUGUGUGUGUAAAAUUCAUGCUGUGACUUGAUGGGCCACAACAUUGUCCCACAUUUCAUCUUUCGAAAAGAGUCAGUCAAAUGUGUGCAACAGAUGUGUAAGUCAUAUUAAAAAUGGUACAUCUGCUGGA